AUGUACUCCGCCGGCUUGGAGAUCCUGGGCAUGAUCUUGGCCGUGGCUGGCUGGUUGGGGGUGAUGGUAGCCUGCGGCCUGCCCAUGUGGCGGGUGGCUGCCUACAUCGGCCAGAACAUCGUCAUCUCCCAAGUGAUCUGGGAGGGCUUGUGGAUGAACUGCUCGGUGCAAAGCACGGGGCAGAUGCACUGCAAGGUGCAUGACUCCAUGCUGGGACUACCAGUGGACCUGCAGGCGGCCCGCGCCCUAGUCAUCGUGUCCAUGGUGUUGUGUAUCGUAGGCAUUGGUCUGUCCGUGGCAGGCGCCAAGUGCACCAACUGCAGCCCGGACAUCAGCAAUAAGCCGCGGAUAGUGCUGGGAGCAGGGGUGACCUUCGUGGUGGCAGGGCUGCUGCUGCUGGUUGCCGUAUCAUGGACAGCCAAUGCCAUCGUCCUCGAUUUCUACGACCCGCUGCUGGAGGAGACGGGGAAGAGGGAGUUCGGUAAUUCGCUGUACUUUGGCUGGGCUGCUUCCUGCUUGCUCAUCCUAGGGGGAGCUUUGCUUUGCUGCUCCUGUCCCCCAAAAGCAGCCGCUCCAGGCGGGGGCAGCUCUGUGCCCCCCAGGGUGGACUACUCACCCGUUAAGAUCAUAUCACUUAAUGGAUAUUCCAGGAAGGACUAUGUGUGA